AUGCCAAAUUAUGAAGCCCAAGACACCCAAGUACCAACAUCUCCAGUCUGCAUCGCCAUUUGGAAUUUUUCCUCGCAAUGGUUUCUCCUCCCACAAGGUACUGGCGUAUUAGCCGUUAUUCUUCAUCAACUGGACUACCAAUUCAAGGGCUUGCGUAUUAUCUCUGUGAUAGUUUGGGUAUAUACAAUUGUUCUCCUGGCACUAUGCGUAUCCGUCUACCUUGCGCGAAUCUUCAUGUAUCCACAGAACGUCGCACGAGCCCUCCGGACAAGCAUGGUAGAGGUAUCAUGCCUUGCUAGUGUCUCUAUAACGUUCACGACUAUCAUUCAGAUGAUCGCCUUAGCCGUUGCUCAGCAAUGGGGCGCAGGAUGGCCAAUGGCCUCAUACGUUCUGUGGUGGAUCAAUACGGCUAUGGCUUUGUUUGCUGUUAUGGGAAUACCGUACAUUUUCGUGAAGCUACAAGCUCCCGGGAUCAAAGCUAUUGUACCUGCCGUUCUGCUUCCAUUGAUAUCUGCGUUGACCUCCGCCGCGGGCGGAGGUGUCAUAUGUGAGUAUAGUGGAAUUGGUGCUCGACUGCAAGUCCCGGUUAUCAUUGUAGCAUACCUUGAAGUCGGCGUCGGAAUCCCCAUGGCCAUGGCCUUUGCCGAUGUCUUCAUUGCGCGUCUCUUUGAGCGCGAAUUCAUGCCCAUGGAUCAAGUCUACCAAGAUAUGAUUCUCUGUGGUCCGUUUGGACAGGGCAGCUUUGCGCUGCUCAUUCUCGGGCAGGUUGUACGAUCUGGGGCAUUUGCUGCGUACAAUCGGGGGUCAUUCCUGACCGCUGAAGCAGCGAUCCCAAUUGGCUUUGCCAGUCAAUUUGCCGGUUUGCUCUCUUGGGGCUACGGGACAUUUUGGUGGGGCUACGCCAUCAUAAGUAUUUUGCAUACUGCUUUCAAACAACCCGGAGGCUGGCGGAGGAUGCAGUAUUCACUUUCAGCCUGGUCUCUGGUCUUUCCAUGGGGUGUAUAUGCCAAUGGCGCCGUCCAGCUUGGGAAAGUCAUGGACUCCCCCGCAUUCAAAGUGUGGUCCACUGCACUAACCCUCAUGCUUAUCAUUAUCUGGAUUGUGAAUCACAUAUUCACCAUUAGAGGCUUAAUUACGGGGCGAAUCCUGUCACUUCAGCAUGGGUGGCGGGUCGGUCAAUACCAAGCCGGAGAAGUCGAUAAGCAGGUCUAA